AUGGAUGCCACUAAAUAUCUGCAUCUCGCAGCUACCUGCGCAGAACUGAGUGGCACAGCUGGUUCGUCGGCUGUAAAAGUAAACCAGCUAUUACGAGUAUACCGCGAUGUGCCAUCGGAAUUGCGGGAACUCCAGUCACAAAUUGCUCGCGGCAAACAAACUCUGGAUCAUCUUUUACCACUACUGGACCGCGAUCAGCCUGCGUUCCAAAACACCAGCGAUGUAGAGGCACUCGACUUGCAUUUCAAAGCGCUCGGGUUCGUGUCCAAGGUUGUCCAAGAAAACCUCACUCAGAUUGAGCAAGCUCGCUCAAGUCCUUUUCCAGAAUGGACUUCUGUUAGCAGCAUAUGGGAAACGACAGAAAUUGCGUUAUGUGAGGCCAGGUUGAACAAGCAACUGAGCGCAUUGGAGGUGUAUCUGAAUGUGUCGAGGCCAGAGAGCGAGGCGACCAAGCAGGUGGAGAUCACGGGUUCAGAAGACCGGGCUUGUCUGAUAGCUGCCUGGGAUGAUGCAGCAGAGUACACUUCUCCUCCUGCCACAGAAGCAGCUGUUGCUGGCGUUCCUCAAGUCACCGUCGACGAUCCGCAAAGUCCCAGGAGUCCUCAGACGGAGCAUAGCGAAAGUGCUAGCUCCGUGACCGAGAGCAGUCACCAUACACAAAACUCCGUGACGCUCCACCGUGGCUCGGCCUCGUCGAGUCAUACAGGUUCAUCAAGUCCAGCCGUUCCAAAUUAUGCUACUUUGUCACGCAUGCUCCUGCCCACGCCAUCUACGGACCCAUCACAGAGCCGAAGAAAUAGUUACUGGCGCGAUGCCUUCAAAACAUCGAGUAUAUACGUGCCCUCGGCGCGCAAACUCAAGUCCAUAGCCAUGAUGCAGAAGUCUUCCGCGUCGACGCAAGACUUGACCUUGAACGCACAGGUUGAUGAGGUAAACCCUGCCGAGUUCAGAAGCAGAAUUUCAGAGUAUGCACGAGGUGUCUCUCCAGCCUGGGAGUUGAAAUCUGUGCCCUCGAAAAAGAAGGGCACCAAACUCAGGUAUCGAAACAAGUUUACCAGGGAUCCCGCCGACGAUAUGCCCCCGGAAAAGCUGCCGGCACAAAUCAAGAUAGUUGAGCAGCCAUUGUGGGACGCCAUUCUGCACAGGGAGUUGGAAAAGGUAUCCAAAAUCAUGGAGCACCGGUGGACCGAUAACUUGAUUGUCGAGAAGCGAGACAAGAUGACUGCUCUGCACGUGGCCGCUUCCCUGGGUAUCUGUAGCAUUGUCCAGAAACUAGUUUCUUUGGGGGCGAAUCCGAAUCACGCAGACCGCCACGGAGCCACGGCCAUGCACUACGCUGCCGACUUUGGCUGCCCCAACUGUCUGAACAUCCUGGCUUCGGCCAACGGCAAGGUGGACUUGGAAGCGCCAAAGACGCAUGUCAAGACGGCGCUCUAUUAUGCAGCAAAGCGCGGCAACGCCGAGGCCACGCACGCGCUGCUUAACCUUGGCGCACACGUGUACACGCUGAACGCGGCGCCUCAAGAUUCGAUCUUGUACGCGGCUGUCGAGUCGGGAAGCCUUGAAGUUUGCGAGGCUAUUCUCAACAAGGGCGGCAAUCCUGGUGAGAGCUUCGACACGUUGGCUCUAGCGGCUGCUACGUCACGCGAGAUCUUGAAUCUUCUGGCUGGUGCUGGAGCGGAUCUCAACAUUCACGAUGCACAGAACGAGACCCUUCUACACAAAUACAUCAAGAAGAGCGAUCCCGACAUGGUUUCCUUCUUGCUUAGACUCGGAGCCGAACCGCAAUCCACAACCGACAUUAUGGGACGUAUGACUCUGCAUCUCGCCAUAGAUAAAGGCGGCUACCCAGACUCGUCGGCAAUUGUCAAGGCACUUCUGGAAGCUGGAGACAACCCAGACGUGAAGAAUACUCUAGGGCAGACGCCACUGCACCAGGCCGUACUCUGGGGCCGCGCCGACGUUGCGAGCGUGCUGUGCUCGGGCGGUGCGAACAUGGACAUUGGUGAUUCCAAGGGCAUGAGCCCAUACCAAGAGACACAGAUGCUAAACUACUCGAAACGGGCUGGAAAUACGACGCUGGCCGAUUUUCCAGGCACCAAAGCGCUCCUGGAGCGAUGGCGACACGGGUCUGUUCCCAAGAUUGCAGAGGCAGGAGGCCAGCCGGUAGCGCUGCCAGAGAUUGAUGGACAAGCGACCAUGAAGCCGCGGGCAGAGCUCGGUGACACGGUCAAGCCGUUACAUGAGCUGAGCCCGGCUAGCAAACCUGCCGAGUUGGGCGCUACGAAGCUGACGGUUCAUGAGAUGGACGCAAGUAUCGUUCGGAAGCCCAUCAUUGCUGAGUUACCAUGA